UCUGUCAGAAUAAGAAACAAGAGCUGCCACAAAACCGACCGGUGGUGUUUUUAAAUGUCCAGGGCUGUCUCACGGUGUCCACUGAGGAAUGAGGAGCAAGACUGAAGAGAAAAACGCACUCGCAUUUUGCUUCAACUCAACCGAGCGACCAGAAUCUGCUUCACAUUUCACACUAAUUCAGCUGAAUGGAGCAGCAGCAGCAGCAGCGGGGCCUCUGUAGCUUCACCCCGGGAGAGUGUGCAGGUUGCGGGGCUGUUUCCACCGCUCAGCCCACCAUGCGUCUGUCCAUCACCUCCACCACCGGCAGCCCCGUGGAGCUCACUGUCCCCAGAGGAGAGACUGUGGAUGGACUGAGGACACACAUCUCCCACAAACUCAGACUGCAGACAGACAGAAUCGUCCUCCUGCACAGAGACAGGCAGCUGACUUCAGGCAAACUGUUGGACCUGGGUGUAGCAGAUGGAAGCAAACUGACCCUGGUCCCUGCUGUUGAAGCUGGUUUAGUGUGCUCCUCUGCCAGAGCUGAGAGAACUAUGAUGGACGUCCUGGAAAGUUUAACAGAAGUCCAGAUCAAUGACUUCCUGUCUGGGCGCUCGCCUCUGACCAUUAACCUGGGAAUCGGUGCCCACAUGAUGUAUGUGCAGCUCCAGCUGUCGGCACAGAACGUAGCAGAGCUGCAGCAGCACCGGGACUUGAGAGCUGGGAGCAGCAGUGAGCAUCAAACCAGUCUGCCCCCUGCUGCCAGGACAAGCCAUCCUGACUGCUCCAGCAACACCACAGGAUCCACCAUUUCCCAAACCUCUACUCCAGCCCCAGAGUCAUCUGACUCCACACCCUCGAUCGAGCUGAGCGCUCAAAGACCCAGAACUGCAUUUAACUCAACAGCUCCGGCUGCCCCUCCACAUCAGUCCUGUCCUUCCCACUCUGACGUCACGUCUUCUCCUGUUACCUCAACAUCUUCUUUGCCUCCUGGUUGUCCACAUCCAAGCUGUCCUUCACUAGCAGCCACACCAGUCUGUUCACCUGCUCCUACUGGUGCCAUUCCUGGACCUUGGAGCCCAGCGCCAGCCUCAACCUUCAAAGAGAGUAACUUUCAUGCCUCAUCUACUGCAGAGUGGCACAAACAGCCAGGAGCAGUCAUCGAGAGUUUUGUGAGCCGCUCGCCAGGCGUCUUCUCCGGGACUUUUUCUGGCACUCUGGCCCCUUGCAGUCAGAGCGGCAUCAGUCACCCUCGACGUGGCAUCAACAUCAUUCUCCAGAUCCUCAACGACCUCCUCAGGGCCGCCUACCACCAUCAGGGGGCUCAGCCUGCCCCCCCUGUUCUCCACUGUCCUGAUUCGAAUCCUCCAGCCAGCCCGCUGCUCACAGCAAAGGAGCCUUGCAAAGCAAAAAGCAAAACACCGGUAACUAAGAGAGCAGAGCACCUCCGUAAAACUCCAGGUGAUGACGGUGAACCCAUCUGCUCAUCCACACAGGAAAAUGAGACACUGCACUGUAAGCUAGAGCGCCUGCAGUUUCUGAUGCACCAGAGGCGUCUUCGCAGGCGGACUCGCAGGAACUCACAAACUCACCCAUAUCAGCAUCGUCCCUAGUCCCCUGGACAAAAAACAUCCACUCACUCUGAUGGCAGCUUUCUGGUGACCAGAGGGGACAACUGUCGAAACCAAAGCUGACCUCUGAACUGCAGAGUGAACUCAGGGCCACUUAAGGUCUCUGAGUCUGAGAAACUUUGUUUUUAAACUAUGAGAAUUUCUGAAGAAUGUAAGUCCAAAAGGUCCGAGGAGUCAGAUUCCUGCGGCUGUCACUGUGCUGAGCAUGUUAUUUCAUCUGUCUGUCAAUGUUGUUGGCUCUUGUUGUCUCAUGUAGCGUGCACCACAAAACGUUUCAGUGUACAGUUUCAUGUUAUACGUCUUGGUUUGUUGUUCAAAGAACUCUGACUGUAUGUUUGUCUAUGUAUUCCAAUGCCUUAAAUAUCUUGAAUGUAAACUGUUUGUUAUGUUCUGUGCAGAGGAUGCCUCUUUAUAAUGUGUAACAUAUGCAAUAGUAAUGUGUAAACACAAAGAAGGAAAAAAAAAUAAAUGAAAACAAGACUAGGUUAGAACCUAA